UUAUGCUAAAGACUAAGGUUUAUUACGCCAUAAAGAGAUGAAAAUCAAAGUGAAUAAAACAUUUUGUGUGUACAUGGGAUCCACCACUUCAAGUGCUAAAGUCACAUGAUGAUGUUAUUUGUGUUUCUGAUAAGAUGUAUGAAACACUUAUCAUAACUUUAAUUUACUUCUCAUUUUUAUUUUUUGCAAGCAAGCUAGCAGUGAAAAACCAAAGAUUUACUGUUGUUUGGAAUGUACCCUCGGAGAUUUGUUAUAAAAAGUACAACAUUGAUCUUAAUCUUUCAAACUUCAGAAUCGUCACGAACGAGAAUACCUCGUUUAGAGGAGAAGAAGUAGUUUUAUUUUAUGAACCACUUCCGGGAUUGUAUCCAAAGUAUUUUCCUAAUGGGUCAGCAUUAAAUGGAGGGAUCCCACAAAAAGUUCCAUUCAAAGAACACUUCAAAAAGGCAGCAGAGGACAUUGAAGUUUUUGUUCCCUCUAAACACUUUGAUGGAAAGGGGGUGAUUGACUGGGAGAGCUGGCGACCUAUAUACGAAAGAAAUACAUAUGAACCAGAUAAGUUGAUUUAUAUGAAGGAAUCGAAGCAACUAGUGCAGACAUUACAUCCAAAGUGGAACUCUUCAGUGGUGAACAAAAUGGCGAAGCAAAUGUUCGAAAAAUCAGCCAGAGAGUUGAUGGAAAAUACGUUGAGAAAAGCCAUAGAAUUACGCCCGAAUGGCUUAUGGGGUUUCUAUGGAUUCCCAAGAUGUUUUAACUUCAAGACUAACGAAAGUUCCUGUCAGAAGGAUACCAUUCACUACAAUGACCAAUUGAAGUGGUUAUUCAGUGCCAGUACAGCUUUGUACCCCUCUAUCUACCUGUCGUCAAAAUUUCCCUCCUCCCCCAGUCGCCAGAGGAGAGUGCAGGGUAUUCUGAACGAAACUCUACGAGUUCAUGCACAGUAUUCCACUGCCAAUACUCCAAUGUACUCUUACAGCACAUACAGAUUCACGGACACCAACGACUUUUAUAUUGCGGAAGACAUCAUGGCUACCAUAGGUCAGUCAUUUGAUGCAGGAAUGGAUGGGGUAUUGUUAUGGGACACUAGCAAGAACUUUAAGACGCGGGGAAAUUGUGAGUCUCUCCAAGAAUACAUUAAUUCAACACUUGGCCCACUCGUGAAAUCAGUUAUUGAUUUUGCUGAAAAAUGCAGUGCUGUAUUGUGUAAAGGUCAUGGUACAUGUGUACGUAAUUCAUGGGCAUCAGCAUCCGGAUUACAGGCAUUGACCCAGAGAAAGGUGUUUGAUUUUGAAAAUUACAAGUGUCGUUGUAUUUCAGGAUGGGAGGGUACCCAUUGUGAGAAACCUAUUAUCAUAUUUAGACUUACAAUGUGUCGGUGGUCAGCGGUUUUUGUGUUGUUUUCGGUAGUUGGUGGUGCUAUUUGGAAACCGCGUGUGUCUGAUACGUGGCAAUGGGAACUUAGUUCCGGACAUAUUGAUACAUCAGUGAACGCUCAUGUCUUCGAUAUUGAUUUGUUUGAUGUCGAUCAGAGUACGAUUGAUAAACUUCACAGCAUGGGGCGAAAAGUGAUUUGUUACUUUUCUGCUGGAAGUUAUGAAAACUGGCGUCAAGACAAGACCUAGUUCCCUUCGGAUGUCCUCGGUAACAAUCUGGAGGAUUGGGAGGGUGAAAAAUGGCUGGACAUUCGUGAUGACAGAGUAAAAGCUAUCAUGCGAAAACGUCUUGACAAGGCUGCCUCACGAAGGUGUGAUGGUGUGGAACCGGACAAUGUAGAUGGGUACUCUAACAACAACGGACUGGGUCUGACGGCAAGCGAUCAGCUGACCUACAACAAGUGGCUGGCAAGUGAGGCGCACUCCCGGAGUCUAUCAGUUGGCCUGAAGAACGAUGUGGAUCAAAUUGCUUCCCUUGUCAGCCAUUUUGAUUGGGCUCUAAAUGAAGAAUGUGUCCAUUACAACGAAUGCAAUAAAUAUCAACCAUUCUUCGAUGCUGGGAAGGCAGUGUUUCACGUGGAGUAUGUUGAUAGCCAUAGUCAGGGGAGUCAUAAACGAAAUCAGGUCUGCCAUUCCAGUCACCGCCCUCGUCAACUUAUCACUCUCAUCAAGGACUGGGAUCUCACAAAAUGGCGACUCACUUGUUGAAUUAAAACCUUUAAAAAU